AUGUAUCACCUGGUUCGCUCCCUGUACCUCUAUGCGACCAGCAAGCCCGAGUACUCCAUCAUCCUCCUGGGCCUUGACAAUGCCGGCAAGACCACCCUCCUCUCACAAAUAAAAGCCCUUUACAACACCACUGCAGACCCUGUCGCUGGUCAGACAGGCGAUGCCCCUGCCUCAGACACCGCAGGCAACACGGUACCCACUGUGGGCCAAAAUGUUGCAACGAUCGACCUGCCAGAGAUGUACUUGAAGAUCUGGGAUGUUGGCGGGCAAAUGAGCUUGAGGAAGUUAUGGACAAGCUAUUAUAAAAGCGCGCAUGCGGUAGUGUUUGUUGUGGACAGUACCGACGUAGGGAACGGAGAGAUCGACGACGUACCCAAGACCCCCGGAUGGCAUGGGCGCAAGAAGAGCUAUAUUGGCAAGGGUGGUGAUGAAGAUGAACCGCAGACUCCAUGGACCCCGAUGACGCCCAUGACACCAGGAUUCUUCGCUUCUGGACUUUCUCAAGGUCGAUUGGACGAAUGUCGGGCUGUUCUAGAAAGUGUACUCGAAAAUGACGAUACGGCCGGAAUUCCCAUCUUGAUUUUGGCCAACAAACAGGACAGGGAAGAUUGCCUCGAAGUUGUCAGGAUCAAGGAAGGCUUCGUGAAGAAAGUGUUUGAAGGCGAGAAGGGAGGCAUGGUCCGAGACAGCCGUGUUCUGCCAGUGAGUGCGUUGACAGGGACAGGAGUGAAGGAGGCUGUGGAAUGGGUUAAAAGCCGAGUCGUAUGGAAUAAGGAAAGCCGUCCUCCAGUCAUGAGGUGA